GUUGAUUCAAACUUUCUAAAUUUUUUACUUGUGCCCGCGGCGUUUACCAACGGCGUAGAGAUUCCUUUUGAGGGUUUGAAAUUCCAUAGGCAUUAUGACUGAAAACAAACCCGUAAACUACCGCGGUAAUGGAGAUGUAGCUGAGCACAAGCCUUUCAGAGCAACGAAAAUUUGGAACGAUCUCAUCGCACAUCUUCGAACCCAAGUCGAGCCACGUCGAAGGCGGUGGAAGUUUCAGUAUUACGAGAAUUGUUUUCGUGGUGGAGAUGUUGUUGAAGUACUCCAUUCUUACAUUCAGAGCAAUCCACUAUUAUCUAAAGAAGCCACUCGCUCCCAGGUCAAAUCUUUAUGUCAGAUUUUGGUGGAAAAAAGAGUAAUCGAGUGUGUUUGUGUUGACAGCAGUAAAAGAGACACCUUCGAGGAAAACAACAAAUUGUACAGAUUUUCGUCCGGAGAUGGCCCCCUGGAACACGUAUUUCCUUCCCCCCUUCAACAGAAACAGAAAGUAAAUAGAAAGAGGAGUCUUCUUGGUGAAAAGGAGAGGAAGCCAGCGAGCAGGAGAAAGUCAGUGAGUUUUACACCAAAGGCUCAAAAACGAUUCGCUGAUCUUCUCAUGUCCUCAGAAUCUCCUGAAAUUUUUAACACAAGGACACAUGAAGCACCAAAGAAACGAAGAAGGCUUAGUCUUGACCCUGGUCUUAUGAUGAGGUACAAAAUGUUACUAAUUGAAUUUUAGUUUUCGUCUUUUAUUUGCCUUAUUUACAAAAUACAAACAAUUUAUUUACAGCGGUUAUAGCUAGAAGGCUAGAAGACCCAGGAAGCCACCGGGCUUGUAAAGAAACUUCCAUGCCUAAGAUUCAAAUGCGACUCUGCUUUGUAGGGCAUUGGUGGAUAUCUCAGUGUAACUAGAAGUAGUUUUGGUUGCUAAACCAAAGUUUUCCUAUAUUAAAAAGAUAUGGCAAUUGAGACUCGAAUUCGUGUUAAUAAUCAACUUAUUAUGUCCAAGGCUAUAUGUUCUGUGUGGCAGCAUUAUUAAGUGAAGUUGUUGAUUUGUGCUGAAAUUCUGUCUUCGCACAGAAAGAACAAGUCAACCAUGUUCCCUGAUUCAACUGAUCAAGCAGAUUUGACAAGCAAAGUGUGGUUUGAAGUGGCUCUAUCACAACUCCUUAGACUUACCGAUAUUCCUUUCCUUGAAGACAUAUUGACCUUGCCAUUGACAGAUAGGAGAACUGGAUUUCUAGCAAUCCACAAUAGUGUCCAGGAACCUUGUAUUCAUAAUGAUAGCCAAAACAAGGAGAACAUCAGCAAUUCAAAGUCAAGCAAUGUUUGGGUUAGAGCUGGCAUGGAGUGCAUUGAGUUGCAAAAAGAAUGUCCUUUAGCACAGCGUGGUGAAGACAGCUAUUCAAAUUUGAAGAGCAUUGAUAAAGCACAAAUUCACCAGCUUUUAUCAGAAUAUUAUGGAUCACUAGAGGACUCAUUGAUUCCUUCGAACCUAACUAACUUGGUGGAUGGUAUUCUCUCAGUUCUUGUCAAAGACUGGAAAAAGACUGCAAAGUUUCUGCCACUGUUGGUUAUGAUGCUUGGAGAAAGUCAAAGGAAACACCUUAGACAUUUGUUGACUUUUAUUGGAACAACUGAGGGAACAAGCAAUGGAAGGUUUAUUGUGAAGAAGUUCAUGAGUGCUAUCUUACCAAAAGAUGUUAAAGAUAAAGUGAGUUGCAUUUAGUCUUUGUCCUACUGAAUGAAUGAUGGGGAAAUGUUUGAAGCUAAUUUAUUUAUUUAUUUUUUUAAAUGUAUAAAAUGCGCAGUUAAGUUACCUUAAACUUCACAAUCACGACCAACCUCACAGAAUCAGGUACAUUGCUUUGAAUCCUUCAUAUGAGAGGAGUCCAGUGACUGCCAGUAUGAAUUGAUUUUAAUGGGAUCCAACAUUAAAAAUAUGUCGGGGGUUCAACAAAGUUUCUUUAUUUCUUGGGAAGUGGAAAGUACAUAUAAACUUUUUAAGAAAUGUUGGGAGUUACUUUUUGUUGCCAAUUUUUCUGAGGACGUGACAAUUUUUAUUGCUACUUGGGCACAGACAUGCUUAUUGUUUUAGUGUUUUGUUGGUUAGGUUUCUUGCAGUGGAAUGGAAGUGUAACAGGUGUAAUUGGGCUGCUCUUUGGCUCAUAUAAGUGCUGCAUAUAACAUGAGCCUCACUUGAUGGAAAUAUCGAAUUUUUUCUCUCUCAUAGGGGUCAGGCCAUAAAUUGGUUUCACUAAUGGUGAGGAAUCAGUGCCACAUGUUCAAAGUACCAUCUGAACUUAAAGAGAAAUUGAAAAGAAAUAUCUUCUUUGCUCAGAGGGAUAUUUGCCCAUCCUUGCCUUCCACUGUUUGUCAACAAAUGUCUCUUGAAGAAUACAGAAUGCAAGCAAAGCAAACAACAGGUGAAGCCUUGAACAAGCUCAUGCUCUUUAUCAUUGAAAACCGACAAAUGAGUGUAAAAGAAAAGGAGGAGCAGCUUAAGCUUUUUCAGAAACACCAUAAUGACUUGUUUUUACAGCAGUUUCCAAAUGGACAGUUGUGAAAAGAAAUAGCUCUUCUAAACUGUUUCCAAAUGGAAGUGUCACAAGUAACAAGUAUAAGGUUUUGCUGUAAUGCUUGGAAUAGAGAAAAAGGCCAAAAUCCCAGAGAUGAAUUGACAUAAGUGUCUUAAAAUUCUUGUUACUUGCAGUUGAGCUUGGCCAGUGGAAUAUUUUCACUCUCAUUAGGGUCCCACUAGCCAAAGUUUUGGUUGAAUGAUUGAUCACUAUUUAAGUCUUUAAAUUUGUUGGUAAAUUAUAGCUGAAAAAUACAUUUGAGCAGGAAAAUUAUUCAGGGAGGUAACUUUAAAAUUUGAACUCUUAAUUAAAUCAUAUAUUUAAUAGUAUUUAAAAGUUAAUAUUUAUUGAAACAAAAAAACUGGGUGAUGUAUUGAAAAAGGUUCAUGUAUUUGUUGAGUAUAAGUUU